AUGGCCUUGUCUAUCCUUAAAGAACUGCUCCAAGGAUAUGUGCAAUCAUUGUUUGAUGAGGGAAUAAUAAGCAAUCAGUUUUCUCAUAUUCAGUCUUUGGAAAGUUUGGAGGAACCUGAGCAUGUUGUGCAGGUGAUCGUUACGUACCUCAUUGAUGUCGAAACAAUUUUAUCAGAAUUAACAAGCUACAUGGAUUGUCCUGAAGCCGACUUCUCUACAUUGGCUGCACUUUCUCACAAAGUAGAGGAGAGAAGCUCAAGCAUCGGUGCCGAGCAUGUGAGACUUGCAUGUGCUGAUCUCAUUCACGCUUGUGAUCAGAUGAACAAGGAAAACUUCUCCAAAGCCUUAAUUUGGGUAAAGAAUGAUUUUGCACAAACCCGAAACAAGCUGGAGGCGUAUGCUCAGAUGGAGCGGAGGAUUAUCAGAGUAAAGAGCAGACAGAAAAAGUAGAGCUUUUUGUGGUAUCAAACUCUCUUUCAGUUUUAUGGGAUGAAGCUCCUGAGAAUGUAAUGUUUUCCUUAUGUAAAUGAAGGUCUAGAAUAAUUUGUAUUAAAACUUGUGAUAGUCACUGCUUCAUCUACAUGGUUGCAUGUAUUCUCAAAAGGGAUACUAUAUGAACAGUAGCUUCUUUGUCUACCUGUAACUACC